AUGGUGGGCAGCGUGUGGGUUGCUCUGGGACUCUCCCUGACCUGCAUCUCGGCCCUCAGCCUCCUCUCCCCUGCCUGGUUCCAGACGCCCACCUUCUCCUUUGGCGUCCUCUCCUACUGCUCCUGGCCUCAGGGUGACAGCUGGAACCAGAGCUGUGGGAUCUUCAGGUCCCUGGAUGACAUUCCGGACUUUGCCUGGAAGGAAAAUUAUACAGCCUUCAAAACCGUCAACACCCUGCCCCCUCCUCUCUCCUCCUGGCAGGUCUCAGCUGCGCUUCUCCUUGGAGGCUGGCUCCUGGUGGCCUUCCAUGCAAUUCUCCUCCUGUCCUGGGUCCUGGCCCCCAAAGAGCUGUGCCCAAGGAGGGGCAGUGGCAACAUGCGGGGGGUGCAGGCAGCUGCAGCCACCACCACCGUUGUGGGCCUGCUGGCUUUCCCUAUCGGCCUGGCCUCCCCAUUUGCCAAGGAGGCCUGUGGAGCCUCCUCUGUGUACCGCAGUGGACAGUGCCAGCUGGGCUGGGGCUAUGUGACCGCCAUCCUCAACGCAGUCCUGGCCAGCAUCCUGGCCGUCAUCAGGUGGCCCCGCACGACCAAAGUACAGGGGAGGACCAUCCGCUUCUCCAGCGACACUGAGAAAAUCAUCCUUAUGCCAGAAGUGAGGAAAUAACAUUUUCUCAGGAGUGAAAAGAGCCCAUUUUACAGCUAUACGAAUCACCACGUACCUAGGUUCAA